UUUAGAAUCCUAAGAAAGAGAAGUUAUUACAGUGUCAAGUAGGAAAAAAACAAUGACAUUUUUGCAGUGUGUUGAGGAAGCAGCAGAAGGAGGAAGUAACCUCUGAGUGUUGAGCAGACACCGGUUUCACCUGACACACACACACGCAGACACACACAGACUGACAGACAGGAGACCCCGCUGCGGCAGAGCAAGAAUGGCCACAGCUGCAGUCAACGGCUCCAAAAACCUUAUCAACUAUAAUGGACUAAACCACAUUACAAAGAAAAAUGGCUUCCACAUCCACGGACAGAAAAAUGGUCCUCUCUGUGGUGCCUCCUCCAGGGAGCACAGGCAGGAGUCCUUUGAACAACCGCCAAUGUAUGUGGCUGUCAUGACAUACCUGGGCUUUGCCAUCGUCACCUUGUUUGGCUACCUCAGAGACUUCCUCCGAGCUGUGGGCUUAGAGAAGUGUCACAUCACGCAGGAGAGAGAGGAGCAGAAGAGAUUUGUGCCGCUUUAUCAGGAUUUUGAAAACUUCUACACCAGAAACCUGUACAUGAGGGUACGGGACAACUGGAAUCGUCCAGUGUGCAGCCUCCCAGGACCUGUCUUUGACCUGAUGGAGAGAGUGUCUGACGACUACAACUGGACAUUCAGGUUAACUGGCAAGACGAUACACAACGUGAUUAACAUGGGCUCGUACAACUACCUCGGUUUUGCAGAAAACAAUGCUGAUUUUCUCAAAACUGUGGCAGAGAAAACGCUAAACUACGGAGUCGGAGUUUGCAGCACGAGGCAGGAAACAGGUAACUUGAGUCUACAUGAAGAUUUGGAAACACUUGUGGCCAGUUUCCUUACAGUGGAAUCCUCCAUGGUUUUUGGGAUGGGCUUUGCCACCAACUCAAUGAACAUUCCAGCACUAGUAGGCAAGGGUUGUUUGAUAUUGAGCGAUGAGCUCAAUCACACAUCUCUCAUCUUAGGGGCCAGGCUGUCAGGAGCCACUAUCAGGGUGUUCAAACACAAUGAUAUGCACAGUCUGGAAAAGAUGCUGAGGGAGGCAGUUUGCGCAGGUCAGCCUCGCACUCACAGGCCUUGGAGGAAGAUUCUGAUCAUGGUGGAAGGGAUCUAUAGCAUGGAAGGUUCAGUGGUGCGACUGCCAGAAAUCAUCGCUCUUAAGAAGAAGUAUAAAGCCUUUCUGUACCUUGAUGAAGCCCACAGUAUUGGUGCUGUAGGACCAUCAGGUCGGGGAGUGACUGAGCUGUUCAAUGUGAACCCAAAUGACGUGGACAUUAUGAUGGGCACCUUCACCAAGAGCUUUGGGGCUGCUGGAGGCUACGUAGCCGGGAAAAAGGAUUUGGUCGAUUACCUUCGACAACAUUCCCACAGCGCAAUAUAUGCCACAGCCAUGUCUCCUCCUGUCACUGAGCAGAUCAUACGUGCCCUCAGGUGCAUUAUGGGAAAAGAUGGGACCACAGAAGGUAUUAGGCGAAUCCGCCAACUGGCAGAGAACACCAGAUUUUUCCGAGCCAGAUUGAGGGAGAUGGGCUUCAUCAUCUACGGCCAGGAUAACUCACCGGUAGUUCCAAUCCUGCUCUACAUGCCAGGAAAAGUGGUGGCGUUUGCUCGAGAAAUGUUAGAGAGAAAAGUUGGCGUGGUGGUGGUGGGCUUCCCAGCCACACCGAUCACAGAGGCCAGAGCUCGCUUCUGCAUGUCAGCAGGACAUACCAGAGAUAUGCUGAACGAGGUGCUGCACCAUCUGGACGAGGUGGGAGACCUCCUGCGUCUCAAGUUCUCACGGCGAAAAUGCUCCUCUAGGCGUGACCUCUGCGACGAGACAGACUGUGAGCUGGACUGUGAAUAUGACCAUUAACACCUUCAUUCACAGGCCAAACCAAGGCUUUAGGGUCUAGGCAACACCAUUACACACACAUACACACACCUCACAGUACCCAUGCCUCAGAAAAUGAGCCAAAUGUUUGGCAGCUGCUUCUUUUUUAAAUUUUGUAAAAUAUUGUGAUUUAAUAGCAAAACAUAUUUACACUUCAUCUGCACACAUUUGUUAAUAGAUAUGUUUAUUUUUGCUCAGGCGUCACUGAAUUACUGACAAAUUUUUACAUAUUUAUUUUUCUUAUCAUAUACAGUUUGGAAAUUGUUUUUUUUUACAGACAAAAUUUUACAAAACUUUAAUGUCAAUGUAUUCAUGUUCAGCAGCAAAAACUACUACUGUCUACUAAUCUUCAGUGAAACCAAAUGUUUGGAAGCUGCUUUUUAAUUAUUUGUUUUUAUCACCUUAUUUCUGGAUCUAUUUGUAAAUAUGAUGAUUAAAAUGUUAACUGACUGUGGAAUUCCAGAUUACUUUUUUACUAGGGCUGUCAAACAAAUAAAAAUUCAAAUUUUCAUUGUAAAAAUGGAAAAAAA